AUGACCGAGGCGGCAGGCGGCGGCUCGUCUUCGUCCAGCGCUCCCAGGAGGACGCCCGUCAUCCGGCUGCACGGCGCGCCCACGCUGUCCCCGCGCCAGGCCCCGAAGAAAGGUGGACGUCGGGCGUCCGAGUUCUACUUCAGGGAGCCGGAGUACCUGGCGCCGCCCAGGGCCACCGUCUCCACGCCGCCGCCCGGACGCAAGAGGUCGGCGUCCCUGCCACACGUCCGCAGUCCAUCGCCCGUGCCGCCCCCAUUGGCCAGAGCUGCCCGGGCACACCACGUGACCCAGCACGGAAGAGGAAGGGAGGAGGACGACGAGGAGGAGGAUGAAGACGAAGAGGAGGAGAGGAAAGCGGACAGGGAAGAGGACGAGGAAGGUGGGGAGGACGCCGAGAACCAGCCCCAGCAGCCGCACGAGCAGCAACCGCAGCACAGAAGUCGCCUGCUGGGCGCCACGGCUGCGUCCGCAGACCGCAGGAAGUCGUCGCCCUGCCAGCCAAGGUUUGCCCCAGUCAGGAGAGGCCGGCCGUCACUCGACCUCAGCGCAGGCCACGGGACGGGCCACAUCACGCUUGGAAGCCACCUGGAUUCCGAAAUUGCCCGUCGCCGACACUCCGUCGCUGCCAGCGCGGCGUACACGAGCGACAAGACAGCGACGACCACGCACGAUAACUCCCAGCGUUUGGGAGCGUCGGACAGGGUCAGCGCACAACCGGGCCCGGGCCACGAGUCCUGGCUCGAGGAAGCGAGCUCCAGCGACGACGACUUCGCUGUCGACACCAAACCAACGAUGACCAAGUCAAACGCGUCCACGGGUCUGUCCAAGGCAACCGGUAACGGGUCCAGGGGGCCCGUGUCUUAAGACUCAAGAAACGAUAAGGACACACGUCAUGUUAAAAUUUGACAGAGGGCUCGAGGACGACUACGGACAUCGCAGGUGACGAUCUCAAAGUCUAUUCCUGUUGUUCGUUCAGACGCACGCGACGUUUGUGCCGUUAGGAGGAUGCGU